AACGCCUAUACUGCAAUGUCAGAUUCCUACAUGCCGAAUUACUACAGCCCAUCCAUUGGAUUUUCCUACUCCUUGGGUGAAGCUGCUUGGUCUACUGGGGGUGAUCCACCUAUGCCCUAUUUGACUUCUUAUGGACAGCUAAGCAAUGGAGAGCCUCAUUUUCUCCCAGAUGCCAUGUUUGGACAGCCAGGGGCCCUUGGCAGCACACCAUUUCUGGGACAGCAUGGCUUUAACUUUUUUCCAAGUGGAAUUGACUUCUCUGCUUGGGGUAAUAACAGUUCUCAGGGGCAAUCAACUCAAAGUUCAGGAUACAGUAGCAACUAUGCUUAUGCACCAAGUUCAUUGGGUGGAGCCAUGAUCGAUGGACAGUCAGCGUUUGCUAAUGACACCUUGAAUAAGGCACCUGGCAUGAACACCAUAGAUCAAGGAAUGGCAGCCUUGAAACUAGGCAGCACUGAUGUAGCAAGCAAUGUCCCAAAAGUUGUUGGCUCUGCCGUUGGCAGCGGGUCUAUUGCCAGUAAUCUUGGAACCUCUAAUAGCUUGCCCCCGGCUACUAUUGCUCCUCCCAAACCAACAUCCUGGGCUGAUAUUGCAAGCAAACCUGCAAAACAACAGCCCAAGCUGAAGACCAAGAAUGGGAUUGCGGGCUCAAGUCUUCCACCGCCCCCCAUUAAACACAAUAUGGACAUUGGAACUUGGGAUAAUAAAGGACCAGUGGCAAAAAAUCCUUCCCAGGCUUUAGUUCAGAAUAUUGGUCAGCCACCAACCCAAAUAUCUCCCCAACCAAUGGGUCAACAGAUGAAUAGUAGUCCACCAGCAAUGCAGCCUUCAGCAGGACAACAGCCACAACCUCUGCCACCUGCACCACCUCAGCCAACUCAGUUGCCAGUUCAGCAGCAGGCAGCUCAGCCUGCCCGUUGGGUCGCACCUCGUAACCGUGGAAAUGGAUUUGGCCAAAAUGGAGUUGAUGGCAAUGCAGUAGGACAGUCUCAAACCACCUCUGGGUCUGCACCUUUGGAGCCCCACCCGGUCUUGGAGAAGUUGAGAUCUAUCAACAACUAUAACCCAAAGGAUUUUGACUGGAACCCAAAACAUGGGAGGGUCUUCAUUAUCAAGAGUUAUUCUGAAGACGAUAUCCAUCGUUCCAUUAAAUAUAACAUCUGGUGCAGUACAGAGCAUGGUAAUAAGAGACUGGAUGCUGCUUACCGUUCCAUGAAUGGAAAAGGUCCCGUUUACUUACUGUUCAGUGUCAACGGCAGUGGUCAUUUCUGUGGAGUGGCAGAAAUGAAAUCUGCCGUGGACUACAAUACGUGCGCUGGCGUGUGGUCCCAGGACAAAUGGAAGGGGCGAUUUGAUGUCAGGUGGAUUUUUGUGAAGGACGUUCCCAACAGCCAACUGCGGCAUAUUCGCCUAGAGAACAAUGAGAAUAAACCAGUGACCAACUCCAGGGACACUCAGGAGGUGCCUCUGGAAAAGGCCAAACAGGUGCUGAAAAUCAUUGCUACCUACAAGCACACCACUUCCAUCUUUGAUGACUUCUCACACUAUGAGAAACGCCAGGAAGAGGAGGAAAAUGUGAAAAAGGUAACUGGUUGAGCAGCCGGGGAAGAG